AUGAACACAAAUGUGUUGGAGCCUCUGAAAGAAAAGCCUCCUCCGCCUCCGACUGAGGACGGAGAGGAUGAACUUCUUGGGAAUGGCAACUUUAAGCAUACAAGCUCAGCCCGCCGCAUCAAGAAGGCAAUACGGAACAAGCGUACUAGCUUCCUUGGAAUCGAAGGCCAAGUAGACGACUCCUACCUAGACGUAGAUCUCACUCUUGCACCAAGACCAGACAUCACCUCUUUCCUGCAAGAAGAGACCAAGAUUGAGAAGCUUCUGUAUAAGAAGACUCUCUCUCACGAUAUGGAUGCUAAGUUAAGAGAUAGCAGAGAUUCUGGUGUCGACGUAGACAGGGGUCCGUCGGCUGAGGCUUGGUAUAAGGGACAUUCGUCACCAGAGACUUCGAAUCCUCACAGCAGACAGAAUAGUGAGCCAUACACCCACGUGACAGUGACAUCCGAUGAAGAAGAACAGAGUAAGAAAAGAGAAGUUUUCACAGCCAACUUGAACUCUAAGCUGACAGAGUUAACAGACGCACCGGUAGACAAGAUUGAGAGCAUCGACAAGAAACUGCAGCAGACACAGGUACUAUAA